AAAAAAAAAAAAAAAAAGACUCUUAUUAGUGUUUACUCUGAGGCAGGCACUGAGCAAAGCACUUUCUUUAUGUUGAUUAUCUCCUUGAAUUUUGUAGUAACUUUUUUUUUUUCCGAAAGUGGAAGGAGAUUUUAAAGAAAUUCAUCAUUUGUCCAAGUUUACACAGUUAAUAACUGGCAGAGCUGAGUUUUGUCUACUUUAUUCAAAAUCCUUUCCUCUUAAAUGUUUCUUUACAACAAGAGCAAAAUCAUACAUACAUGAAAAUAUAAUUUAUGAGGAUUUGUGUGUCUGCCAACACACAAACACACAUAAGCACAUGCAUAUACACACACGUACACAAACACACACCAUGUUAUCAAUAAAGUUAACAGAUGCAGGGGCUACCUAUUUUUGUAUCCUAUUAGAGAACUACAGGUAUUUCUUUGAGAAAGUAAAAUAUUGUUCCUAGACUGAAAGAGAAAUUUUGAUGAUCGCAUUAAGUUUGGAGAGUAAAUACAUCCUAUUAAUAAGAACAGCUAGACUUCUAUGAACAAUGUCAUAUUUAUUCCACCAAAGCUCCCUGGCCUUACAGUGUGAAUCAUUUGUAGUUAUUUCAAAGUGCCAUGAAAAGAGGUGUGCAAAAGAUUGUUGCUCUUUUGUGUCCCUGAAUCUCAAGCUCUUCCCCUGUUAUUCGGUGUCAGGAAUAGUGCUAAGCCUUUGGGCGUAGUUCUCUGAGAGGAGGCAUUGCAGGCAUUCCAGGGAUUUGCCCAAAGGUGAAUUUUAAUGAGCUCUGCCUACUUCUUGCCUCGCAGGUGGAGGGAAAGUAACCACAGGGGCUGUUAUCCAUGGAAAUGAGCUCGGCGUGAAUGCUAAUUAGAUCAGGCCCCUGCAGAGUAGCCAGCUGUGGGUUGGUAAAAGCAAUACAAGGAUAGGUCCCAGAAAUAAGUCCUUUCAAGGCUGAUUUCUAAAGACCUUUUCUAGCAGGGCAUAGGAGACAGUGCUGGGUUGCCGAAGGAGCAGUUAAGACCUCCAGGGAACAUGAGGGAAGGAGAAUGUGGAGAAUUGCCCUGGUGGAAAAUAUUCCUGAAGGCCUUAACUAUUCAGAAAAUGCACCAUUUCACUUAUCACUUUUCCAAGGCUGGAUGAACUUACUCAACAUGGCCAAAAAGUCUGUUGACAUAGUGUCUUCCCAUUGGGAUCUCAACCACAGUCAUCCAUCAGCAUGUCAGGGUCAGCGUCUUUUCGAAAAGUUGCUCCAACUGACUUCUGAAAGUGUUGAGAUCAAGCUAGUGAGUGAUGUAACAGCUGAUUCAAAGGUAUUAGAAGCCUUGAAAUCAAAGGGAGCCGAGGUGACCUACAUGAACAUGACCGCCUACAACAAGGGCCGGCUGCAGUCCUCCUUCUGGAUCGUGGACAAACAGCACGUUUACAUCGGCAGUGCUGGUUUGGACUGGCAAUCCCUGGGACAGAUGAAGGAACUCGGUGUCAUCUUCUACAACUGCAGCUGCCUGGUCCUAGACUUGCAAAGGAUAUUCGCUUUGUAUAGCUCAUUAAAGUUCAAGAGCAGAGUUCCUCAGACUUGGUCCAAGAGGCUCUAUGGAGUCUAUGACAAUGAAAAGAAAUUGCAGCUUCAGCUGAAUGAAACCAAAUCGCAAGCAUUUGUGUCGAAUUCUCCCAAACUCUUUUGCCCUAAAAACAGAAGCUUUGACAUCGACGCCAUCUACAGUGUAAUAGAUGACGCCAAGCAAUACGUGUAUAUCGCGGUCACGGACUACCUGCCCAUCUCCAGCACGAGCACCAAAAGGACUUACUGGCCAGACUUGGACGGGAAAAUACGAGAAGCCUUGGUUUUACGGAGUGUUAAAGUUCGACUCCUCAUCAGCUUCUGGAAGGAAACGGACCCUCUCACGUUUAACUUUAUUUCGUCUCUUAAAGCUAUUUGCACUGAAAUAGCCAACUGCAGUUUGAAAGUUAAGUUUUUUGAUCUGGAAAGAGAGAACGCUUGUGUUACAACAAAAGAACAGAAGAAUCACACCUUCCCCAAGUUAAAUCGCAACAAGUACAUGGUGACAGACGGCGCAGCUUAUAUUGGAAAUUUUGACUGGGUAGGGAAUGACUUUACCCAGAAUGCUGGCACGGGCCUUGUCAUCAACCAGGCAGAUGUGAGGAACAACACAAGCAUCAUCAAGCAACUUAAGGAUGUAUUUGAGAGGGACUGGUACUCGCCCUACGCCCGAACCUUGCAGCCCACCAAGCAGCCGAACUGCUCAGGCCUCUUCAAACUCAGACCCCCCUCCAACAAAACUGCCACCUACAAUGCAAGUGGGAAGGACCCCUCGAGUGUAUCGUCUGAAUGAACCAACCUUGUAUUUCACAUUUCUAUAAAGAGGACUUGAGGAGAGAAACACAAUUUACUAUGUCUUUUUUAGGGGAAAAGCACACAUCAAAAAAAAAUAUUCUCUGAAUGACACGUAACAUCGAACAAUAUCGUAGCGGCGCGUACACUCAAUUGAAGACUUUUGUAUCUGUCACCUCGGACGGAGAAUGUCCUUUUGGCUUGGAAGUUCGUUUUUACGUUUGCAUACCAAUUUUAAGACUUUGAUGCCUCUUCCUUUCGAGUUUUAGGACUUUUUUCUACUGACCCCCUGGUCAGUUCUUCGGAAGCUUCGCAUGAGGUAAGCUCUUUGACACCCAUUCUGAGAACCGCUGACUUAGGGGAUGUUGCCCCAGAGAAGAGACUGAUCACAUCCGUUGUUUGUCUUUGGAAACCGUUUCCAAGACCUUCCCCGCCAUGUGAGCGUGAACAGCUCACAUCUCCUGCCCAUCUCCAGCACCCUUGGGAAAACGCCCUCGGUACCUCCUCGUGCAUUUUUUUUCCUAGUACCACAGCUUUUAGUUUCCAUCCUUUUCUCUUCUCACCAAAUAGUAGGUAGCAUCCCUCUUGUCACCCAAACAUGAGCUCCAAGUGUGACUGUAUCUUUUGAAAAUGGAUGCUCAGAAUGGAUGCAAACUGUAAAAAGCAGUCUCUAAUUUUCACCCUUCAACUGCACUUUUCCCUACCAAAUCGAGAUUUUAAAACCACAGCCAGCAAUAUGUAUCCUUCCUCUCAAGCUCAGAAAAAUUAUGUAGCCGCCUGCUAAUAUUCAGCAAGCUAUUACGUCUGCAUUAGGAGAAUAAAGUAGGUUUUCACAUUUUUGUUUAGUUGAUGGUGUUGAUAAGUGGAUGUUCAUUUCUUUAGGAUCCUUACGCUGUUAAGAGUAUGCCAGCAAACGUUUAUAGAGCUAUUUAAUAUACCUUCUGCUAUUUAAUAUACCAAAUGCUUUUCAGAGAGAUGCGAUUUAAAUACUGUGCUUAACAUAUUUUACUAAGAAACAAACAUCCUGAAUUCUUGUUCUAUGAUGUCCUUGUGUCUUGUUGUUUUAUAAAAUAGAUAACCCUGUAUUAAUGGAGAUUGUUGCUAUAUUAGAGGGAGGCCUGGCCUCUUCAGAGCCCAGGGCAGGAGCCCUUCAGGACGCCUAGGCUUCAUGUUGCUCCUGAUUCUCUCUGGCCUGGAACAGAGUCCUGCACGUCUUGGCCUUGGGUUUCUAUGGUAACGUAGGGACAGUGAUAAUCACCUACCUCGCGAAGAUGUUGUCACAGUAGAAACUAUUUAUACCUUGUUUUGAAAUCAAAAGAACCUAUAUAAAUGCUAAGCAUUAUGAUGUAUCCUCUUUUUUCCUCAAAAUAAACUUUUGUGGUAUCCUGAUAUCAUCAAGAACAGGUUCUCCCAGAGAAGCCACCCGUGGAAACGACCCCACAGCUCCCAGUCGCAACUGUGGGUGAACACGGCAACGCAGAAGCCCUGCUGGAGAUCUGGACUGCCAUCCUUUUUGAUGGGACGUUUUGUUGGGUCAACUUUGGCAUAAAUAACAUCCUCGCAAAACGAGUCCGCGUGUUUGAGCGUCUUCUUUAGGACUGCAGAGACAAGUUUUUUGACCAACCAAAAAAAAAAAAGCAAUCUCAAUUGUCUUUGUAUUUCUAGAGGCUCAAUGUCUAAUAUGCCAGGAGGCGUGAUGGCCAGUGGGUUCCCUUGGCGGAGAAUGGCUGUCGUUGGUCAUCUCAUGAUUAACGUUCCUGCUUGGUGUUUCGCCACGUUGCUUUACUGGAUACUGAACCAGGCACCCAAGGGAGGGAUUGGGGAGACUGUCAAUAUUAGAGUCUUAGGAGCUGGCCAGUAGGGAUUCAGAAUUUCACUAAGAAGCCCCCAGUCAUUCAUAAAAACCUGUUACUCUUAAAAAACAUAGUUCUCUUCCUGCUCCCUUCAGCUGCCGUUGAGGCUGCCAGCCUGCACCACAGCCACAGCAACGCAGGAUCCAAGUGGCGUCUGUGACCUACCCUGCAGCACACGGCAACACUGGAUCCCACAGAGCGAGCCCAGGGUUAGAGCCCGCAUCCUCAUGUUCAUUACCGCUGAGCCACAGCAGGAACUCCUCACCAGGUUUUAUGCAGCCUGCUCUCCUCCCAAACCACACAACUCUGAGAACCCCCCCACAUCAAAUAACUGAUCCCCACUGUCAAAUAUUAAUACCGCUGGCCCCCAGCGCCCUGCCACUGGCCACUGGUAUAGCCGAUAAAUGAAUCACAGCUUAUCAGACCACUGGAAAGGAAAUGGGACAUUCUGGGUUCCGUCCAUGCUCUGUAAACACCACACAAUGAGUUCCUGAAAAUGCCAGAAGCACAGCACACUGAAAACGUCCCCACUGCCCUUCAAGGACUUUGUAAAGAGAUGCUUCAUGGACUUCCAAAGUCUCAUGGAACACGAUGUAAAUCUAACGUCUCGAAAAGAGUCAAAGAAGGAGUUCCCUUCGCGGCUCAGUGGUUAACGAAUCCGACUAGGAACCAUGAGGUUGCAGGUUCAAUCCCUGGCCCGGCUCAGUGGGUUAAGGAUCCGGCGUUGCUGUGAGCUCUGGUGUGGGUCACAGACGGGGCUCGGAUCUGGGGUUGCUGCAGCUGUGGGGUAGGCCGGCAGCUGUAGCUACAAUUGGACCCCUAGCUUGGGAACCUCCAUAUGCCCUGGGUGUGGCCCUAAAAAGACCAAAAAAAAAAAAAAAAAAAAAAAAAAAAAGGAGUCCAAGCAGACUCAGGAACAGAAGUGAAAGGGCUGUGGGAAACUGCAUCUGUGUCGCUCUGGGCACCGCUCUUCUCAUCUGGGCUGUGUUUGUGCUGCUCUUUGUCUCUUUUCUGAUUUGGUUCUUGGUGAGAUGGGUCUGAUCAUAUUUUUGUUUGAUCUUACCCCUUGAAAACUGUCUUCUUCCUGCAGUUACUGGCUUGUUAAAAGUGCCUCGCUGAACCUGGGACUGGCAGAAGCUCAUUUCCCACCAGCCUAUGGCUAUUCUCAAGUGACUUUGAUUCAUUCUCAGUUUUGAUUGUUUUUAGAACCUUUUAUGGAGCUAAAGGUG